UCUCUGUCUCUUGAUGUGACAAAAACAAAAAAAGAGAGUAACUCUCUGUUUUGUUUUUUACAUAUUAUAAAAAAAUAAUCUCUCUCUUUCCGCUGCCAAACGCUAAACACAACCGCCAAAAUGACUGAAAAAGAAUGCGAGCAUCACCACGACGAAGAUGAGAAAACACGGAAACGUUUAGGAGCGGCGGUGCUUGGUUUACUCGCAGCUAUUCUUUUUGUCGUUUUCUUGGUGUGGGCCAUUCUUCACCCGCACGGGCCGCGUUUUGUUCUUCAAGACGCAACCAUUUACGCGUUCAACGUUUCCCAGCCAAAUUUUCUCACUUCCAAUCUCCAAGUAACUCUCUCUUCUCGCAAUCCUAAUGACAAGAUCGGAAUCUUCUAUGAUCGCCUUGACAUUUAUGCCUCCUACCGCAACCAACAGGUGACAUUGGCCACUUUACUGCCGGCGACUUACCAAGGCCACCUUGAUGUGACGGUUUGGUCGCCGUUUCUCUAUGGAACAUCGGUGCCGGUGGCGCCGUACUUUUCACCGGCGUUAAGCCAAGAUCUAACGGCGGGGAUGGUGCUUCUUAACAUCAAGAUCGACGGUUGGGUUAGAUGGAAAGUGGGAACGUGGAUCUCCGGCAGGUACCGGCUCCACGUCAAUUGUCCAGCUUACAUUACACUUGCCGGACAUUUUUCCGGUGAUGGUCCAGCCGUUAAGUACCAGCUUGUCCAGCGAUGUGGGGUUGACGUUUAAGCAAAGGGAUGAUUAUUAUUUUUUAGUAAGACCUAGAAGACUACUUUUGUUGUGAUUUUAGUGUUUUAGUUAACAAAUUCUUCGAAAUGUUUUAUAUAUUUUUUUUGUAUUGUGUUUUUAUGAUUUGAGAUUCGUAAUAAUUACUAGGUCCAUAAAAGU